AUGUCUGCCUACCCCAGACCACAACAAUCAGAGCAGCAGCAGCAGCCUCCGGGAGCUCAUAGUAGUCUGGCAUAUGGUAAUGCUGAGGACAGGAAGAUAUUCAUGGGAGGCCUACCCCAGGAGCUUGAUAAAGAGUAUAUUGAUGCUUACUUCUCCCAAUUCGGGGAGAUUGAGGAUUCCAUAGUCAUGAUGGAUCGCGUCACUGGCCGAUCGCGUGGCUUCGGCUUUAUAACAUUCCUGCAUCCCCAAGAUAUGGAGACGUGUCUGGCCAACAGCCCCCAUGUUCUUAUGGAGAAGGUCAUCGAUGUGAAACGAGCGGCUGAUGGUAAGAAGCCGUACUCUUCUGCUGGCAAUGCUGGGCCGGCACCUCGACGCAUCGACAUGUUAUCACAUCCAACAAGGGCAGCAGGCAGUGGAUAUAGAAGGUCUUUAUUGGUGGUAUCCCAGUCAGUGGGGAUAAAGGUAGAAUGA